UUCCAGCUGUCAGCUAUCUCUGUGUCUACGAUGAGAGCCUCUGGCCACCUCAGCCACCUUCCCGACGGUGGGUUUUGGGCCCCAGACAUGCGGUGAUCUCAGUGCAAGGGCUGCCACCAUCAUCUGGAACCUGUCCAGCAAUGAAUGCCCACUCCAAGGAAAUGGUGCCCCUCAUGGGCAAAAGAACCACUGCACCCAGCGGGAACCCUGUUGUGCUGACAGAGAAGAGGCCAGCAGAUCUCACCCCCACCAAGAAGAGUGCACACUUCUUCCUGGAGAUAGAAGGGUUUGAGCCCAACCCCACUGUUACCAAGACCUCUCCCCCGAUCUUCUCCAAGCCAAUGGACUCCAACAUCCGGCAGUGCCUCUCUGGCAACUGCGAUGACAUGGACUCCCCUCAGUCUCCUCAGGAUGAUGUGACAGAGACCCCAUCCAAUCCCAACAGUCCAAGCGCGAACCUGGCCAAGGAAGAACAGAGGCAGAAGAAGAAGCGGCUGAAGAAGCGCAUCUUCGCGGCUGUGUCCGAGGGCUGCGUCGGGGAGUUACGGGAGCUCCUGCAGGAUCUUCAGGAGCUCUGCAGAAGGCGCCGUGGCCUGGAUGUGCCUGACUUCCUCAUGCACAAGCUGACAGCCUCAGACACUGGGAAGACCUGCCUGAUGAAGGCUUUGCUCAACAUCAAUCCUAAUACCAAAGAGAUCGUGCGGAUUCUGCUUGCCUUCGCGGAGGAGAACGACAUCCUGGACAGGUUCAUCAAUGCCGAGUACACGGAAGAGGCCUAUGAAGGGCAGACAGCGCUGAACAUCGCCAUAGAGCGGCGCCAGGGAGACAUCACAGCAGUGCUCAUAGCAGCAGGUGCUGACGUCAAUGCUCACGCCAAGGGGGUCUUCUUCAACCCCAAAUACCAGCAUGAAGGCUUUUAUUUUGGCGAGACGCCCCUGGCCUUGGCAGCAUGUACCAACCAGCCUGAGAUUGUGCAGCUGCUGAUGGAGAACGAGCAGACAGACAUCACUUCCCAGGACUCCCGGGGAAACAACAUCCUGCAUGCCCUGGUGACAGUGGCUGAGGACUUCAAGACCCAGAACGACUUUGUUAAGCGGAUGUAUGACAUGAUCCUGCUGAGGAGUGGCAACUGGGAGCUGGAGACCAUGUGCAACAAUGAUGGGCUCACGCCAUUGCAGCUGGCUGCCAAGAUGGGCAAGGCUGAGAUCCUGAAGUACAUUCUCAGCCGUGAGAUCAAGGAGAAGCCUCUCCGGAGCCUGUCCAGGAAGUUCACGGACUGGGCAUAUGGACCUGUGUCAUCUUCACUCUAUGACCUCACCAAUGUAGACACCACUACAGAUAACUCUGUGCUGGAAAUCAUCGUCUACAACACCAACAUUGAUAACCGGCAUGAGAUGCUGACCCUGGAGCCUCUGCAUACACUGCUGCAUAUGAAAUGGAAGAAAUUUGCCAAGUAUAUGUUCUUCUUGUCCUUCUGCUUCUAUUUCUUCUACAACAUCACCCUGACUCUCGUUUCUUACUACCGUCCUCGGGAAGAUGAGGAUCUCCCGCACCCUUUGGCUCUGACACACAAGAUGAGUUGGCUUCAGCUCCUAGGGAGAAUGUUUGUUCUUAUCUGGGCCACGUGCAUCUCUGUGAAAGAGGGCAUUGCCAUUUUCCUGCUGAGACCCUCCGAUCUUCAGUCCAUCCUGUCUGAUGCCUGGUUUCAUUUUGUCUUUUUUGUCCAAGCUGUGCUUGUGAUACUGUCUGUAUUCUUGUACUUGUUUGCCUACAAAGAAUACCUUGCCUGCCUCGUGCUGGCCAUGGCCCUGGGCUGGGCGAACAUGCUCUACUACACGAGAGGCUUCCAGUCUAUGGGCAUGUACAGCGUCAUGAUCCAGAAGGUCAUUUUGCAUGAUGUCUUGAAGUUCUUGUUUGUUUACAUCCUGUUCUUACUUGGAUUUGGAGUAGCGCUGGCCUCGCUGAUUGAGAAGUGCUCCAAGGACAAAAAGGACUGCAGCUCCUACGGCAGCUUCAGCGACGCUGUACUGGAGCUCUUCAAGCUCACCAUAGGCCUGGGCGACCUCAACAUCCAGCAGAACUCCACCUACCCCAUCCUCUUCCUCUUCCUGCUCAUCACCUAUGUCAUCCUCACCUUUGUCCUCCUCCUCAACAUGCUCAUUGCCCUGAUGGGGGAGACGGUGGAGAACGUCUCCAAAGAAAGCGAGCGGAUCUGGCGCUUGCAGAGAGCCAGGACCAUCUUGGAGUUUGAGAAAAUGUUACCAGAAUGGCUGAGAAGCAGAUUCCGCAUGGGUGAGCUGUGCAAAGUAGCCGAUGAGGACUUCCGGCUGUGUCUUCGGAUCAACGAGGUGAAGUGGACUGAAUGGAAAACACACGUGUCCUUCCUCAAUGAAGACCCAGGGCCCAUAAAGCGGACAGCAGAUUUAAACAAGAUUCAAGAUUCUUCCAGGAGCAAUAGCAAAACCACCCUCUAUGCGUUUGAUGAAUUAGAUGAAUUUCCAGAAACGUCGGUGUAGAAGCCCGGCUUAAGGCUGAUGUGAGCACUGUGGUCUGAUGCUGCAGGCUGAGUCCUGGCACUG